AUGGUAACUCUUUUAUUGAAGAUUUUUGGAAGACGUGCAGAUGGUACCUAUGUAGGUCUUGCAAUUUUACAUAGAAGGGUUGGAACUGCAGGACAAUGUACUUCUAUUAUUUCAUUUGGUUCUCAUCCAACAACACCUGAAUAUGAAGAACAAAUUAGAAAUUUAUUAAACACAGCCACAAACGUUGUUGGAUUUACACCCAUAAAUCCAGUUGGUAAUGUUGCUUUAAAUACACCACCAUAUGUUGUUGAUGUAUGUAUUAUGAUUAAUAAUGAAAUUAAUUAA